AUGGCUGCAAGAUUAAGCUCAGAAUCCACAGUCUCUCUUUCUUCCAACGACUCCGAGAUAGGCCAGGCGCCUCUCGAGCUCCAGGAUCAAGCCCUGAUCUCGGGAAGGCGUCCGUCGGUUUCGUUCAGCAUGCUUUCUGAUGUCAGACGGUCCUUAUCAGGAAGUUCGUUCCGCACAGCGUCACUUUCGAAGAUGUCUUCCAGACAACUGGAAAGUUUUAGUGUGAAGGAAAUUUACGGCGAUCUUGAUGAUCGGAGCAUCGCGCUUCGGCGGUCCGCCACCAGAAACACCAUUCUAGACUCGUUGCUGAGUCGUGUAGUGCAAUCUAUCAGUCGGAAAGAUGAGGAGAAAGCAGUGGAGGAUAUUGAUUUGUAUGCGAAAAUGCCCGAUACCUCGGUGCCUACCAAAGAUUACGGUACCGAAUAUUCAGGAAUCGAUCCUGAACUUGUAGCCUGGGAUGGUGUCGAUGAUCCCGCCAAUCCUAGAAACUGGACUUUCCGCGAGAAGCUCUUCCAGACUGCUAUCGUGUCUGUCUACUCGCUUCUUUCCCCUAUGCUGUCGUCGAUUUUAUCUCCUGCCAUGACAGAAAUUUCUGAGUCUUUGCAUAUCGAGAAGGACGUCAUUCGGGCGUUGUGUGUAUCUAUCAUGGUGCUAGCUUGGGCCAUUGGACCCUUGAUUAUCGCGCCCAUUUCUGAAUCCGACAGCGUCGGCCGUAAACCUGUUUUGAACUCUUCUAUUUGGAUAGUCGCCAUCUUCAACUUGGGUUGUGGGUUCGUAAAGACUCCUGCUCAAUUGUGCAUUCUUCGCUUCUUGUGCGGUUUGGGAGGGUGUGCCCCGCUUAACGUUGGUGCUGGUACUCUUGCAGAUAUCUGGUCCGAUGAGCAGCGCCAGUACGCCAUGGCUGCCUACUCUUUGGGACCUACGUUGGGACCUGUGCUUGCGCCAGUCAUAGGAAGUUUCAUCGCCACAGGGUUAGGAUGGAGGUGGUGUUUCUUCAUCUUGGCUAUUUUCAAUUUCGUUGUCGCUGUGUUUGGAACUAUUUUCUUCAAGGAGACUUACUCUCCGAGGUUGUUGAAAGUGAAGGCUAACAAGCUCAGAGCAGAGACCGGAAACCCCCAUCUCCACACGAUUUAUGAGAUCGCAGAUGGCGAGUCCUUCACUAGCAGAUUGAUCACUACCGUGCUGCGCCCAAUUUCAUUAUUGGUUGGACAUCCUAUGGUGUUCGGCCUCGGUUCAUUCAUGGCAUUUACAUACGGUUUCAUGUAUUUGCUCAUUGUCACCUUUCCUGCUGUAUAUCGUGGAUCCUAUCACUUCAGUGUGAACAUCUCUGGAUUGAUGUAUGUUCCUCUAGGAAUCGGAUUCUUCCUAGGAACUGUUUUCUUCCUGUUGGCCAUUGAGCAUACCUACCAAAAGCUCACUGCUAAAAACGGAGGCGUUUCCAAGCCCGAGUUCCGCCUCCCUUGGUUGGUCUGUAGCGGUAUUGGGAUCCCCAUUGGUCUUAUCUGGUACGGCUGGUCCGCGCAGAAACAGCUCCAUUGGAUCAUGCCAUGCAUCGGGCUGUGCAUAUUCGGGUUUGCCCUCGUGGCCGUAUUUCAAACGAUCCAAAACUAUUUGAUCGACAUGAACAAUCGAUUUGCGGCCUCGUCGGUGGCUGCUGCGGCUGUCUUUCGCUCCUUAUUUGGUUUCUCUUUCCCUCUAUUCGCCAAUGCAAUGUACGCGAAAUUGAACUAUGGUUGGGGAAACACAAUGUGCGCAUUUAUAGCCCUAGCAUUGGGAAUCCCCUUCCCUGUUUUUUGUCUAAUUUACGGAGAGAGAUUGAGGUUGUGGGCCAACGCUCGGUUCGAGAAGAAACAGGCGCUCAAGGACGAGAAGAGUCUCGCGAAGUUGAAGGAGAAAAACGAACUCGAAUAUUUGCGUCAACUCGAGAAGAAGACUCAAUAA